CAGUGGUCUAUCUUGUGGUAGAGACUAUACUACAGGUAGUUUAGUAACUUUAGGUUAAUCGGUCAUUUCAAUAAAAAUGGAACCUAUGGAAAUUGAAUACUACCGUUUUGAAUGGAAGGUCGGUACAGCACCUAUGGAUAAUGAGGAGAACGUGAUGAUCGAUGAUGCUUAUAAUAUCCACUGCAUAAAGAAGCAUCCAUUUUACGUCACAAUUGAAUUGCCCCGUACACUUAUAGGACCUCGACUUAUAAUCUUCAGUUUGAUCAAUUCUUUAUUACAUAGUCAACUCAUUGAACGCUGUGAAAAGCAUACUAAAUCUGAUCGAUUAACAAAAUUAUGUCAUAAAGCACUCCCAUUAGUCAUACAUGAAGAUCUUUCUUCGGAUUACCCUUAUAGGUAUGCCGAGAAUGGGAGUGUUGCAAUCAUACUGCCACCGCAACAGCAAGUACAUGGAAUUCCUCUCUAA